AUGGGUGUCAGCAAACUGGACAUAACUGAAGAAAAGAGUAGUGAAGUUAAACAGUUCAGUAGAAUGAAAGCACAGGAAAGAAAUGGAAACAAAGAACAACAAGAAAAAACAGAACACGUAAUAAGAGAUACUGACUGCUCUCAAGAAGUUCCUCCAGCUUUUCACCAAGAGGAGCUGAAAGCUAAGAAGGAAGCUCCUGCCCCUCCCAAAGCUGAAGCAAAAGCAAAAGCUUUGAAGGCCAAGAAGGCAGUGUUGAAGGGUGUCCACAGUCAUAAGAAGAAGAAGAUCCACACAUCACCUACCUUCUGGAAACCCAAGACGUUGCAGCUCUGGAGGCAGCCCAAAUAUCCUGGGAAGAGCGCCCCCAAGAGAAACAAGCUUGACCAGUAUGCCAUCAUCAAGCUCCCCCUGACCACUGAGUCAGUCAUGAAGAAGACUGGAGACAACAACACACUCGUGUUCACUGUGGAUGUCAAGGCCAACAAACACCAGAUCAAACAAGCUGUAAAGAAGCUCUAUGACAUUGAUGUGCCCAAGGUUGACACCCUGAUCAGGCCUGAUGGAGAGAAGAAGGCAUACGUUCGACUGGCUCCUGAUUAUGAUGCUAUGGAUGUUGCCAACAAAAUUGGGAUCAUCUAA